GAAUGCCCCCAUGUUAAACAAUCGUGUGCUGUAAAAUGUAUAGGCUAUCGAUUGACUAACUUUUGCACUAUCCCAACUAUUUGUUUUUCGACAGCAACCAAGUAAGCGGAAGGUCUCGACAAUCAAAACUUCACAGAGAGUUAAUAUGGCUUCCCGAAUGGACGAUGUUAUGCGUCUAUGCUGUAAUCUAUCGGCAAAUCAGCAGAUGAAGAAUUCUAGUAUAGGUGCUGCCGUUGCUGGGGGGACUGCAUUCAUUGGAGGACUACUUGCAGGCCCCCCAGGACUUGCUGCAGGAGGUGCUGUGGGGGGUCUCCUUGGUUGCUGGAUGACCAGCGGGCAGUUUAAGCCACUGCCACAGAUCAUUUUGGAGCUGCCAUCUCACCAGCAGCAGAAACUCUACUCUGACAUCAUGUCGGCGCUCGGCACAUUGGACUGGACAGACCUAGCGCAGCUGACAGCUCUGGUCAUGGGUAACGCCACACUCCAGCAGCAGGUGGUUGCAACGCUGCUCAGCUACGUCACGAAGGAGCUGAGAGCUGAGGUGCGAUAUGGAGAUUGACCAGCAGGGGACAGCACAGGCAGAGAUGAACUGACAUACUUACCAGACAAAAUGUGACAAUGAUCUCACAGAACAGUUUAAGAUUGCUUAUACGAAGGGGAAAAGAAUGCAGAUAUUUGUAGUGGUUUUUUCCCCCACCAAAAUGCCUUAUCUGAUGAUCUCUUCCACAUAUCCAUGUUCAUAAAUCACCGUGUCCCAUAAAGUGCAUGGAACAGUCAUGUUGGAAACUAAGGAACAGGGUUUGUCUCCUUGGAAAGUGUCAUAAGAGCACUGGUAUAAGCUGUUAGCUUCAUAGUGUCAUGAUGUGAUUUUUAAGGUCCCAUAGGGAUUGUAUGAAACAUUUUUUAAUUCUAAACCAGUGCCUCACACUUCACCAACACCACGUGUGUAGUACCCAACACACAUUAAAGGUUAAAGGGAAACUUUGGGAUUUUUCAACCUGGGCCCUAUUUUAGAUCUUUUUGGGUCCAAAGUACUUUUACUCAGGACAAUUAAGGAUCAAAAUCGGUCCAGUAUUGAGUUCGAACGCUAUAACCGGCAACUGCAAAACAGCUAUAGAAUGUAAUCCAAUAGGGCAAGCAUCUGUGUCAAAGUAAACUGCUUGUUUUUGCCACUGACAGGCUCAUAAUGUUGUUAUAAGUGUCUGGCAACAUGGAGAGGAUUCCUACAGAGAUUCACCUGUGUCUGUUUACCUCAAUAAUUGUAAAAAAAAACCCGGUAGAAAUGA